AAAAUGUUCUACUUCCACUGUCCGCCGCAACUGGACUCAAACUCACUGAACUCCGGUGGCUUCGGGUCGCAUGCAGCGGGGGAUUUCGAUGAUGGCUUCCUGAGACGCAAGCAGCGCAGGAACAGGACCACCUUUACGCUUCAGCAGCUGGAGGCCCUGGAGGCGGUGUUUUCCCAGACUCACUACCCUGACGUCUUCACGCGCGAGGAGCUGGCCAUGAAAAUCAACCUGACGGAGGCUCGUGUCCAGGUGUGGUUCCAGAACAGACGUGCUAAAUGGCGUAAGACGGAGCGUGGGGGUUCUGAUGGCGACGGCAGUAAGGAGGCGCUUGCGGACGGAACCACCACUCGGAACCUCAACCCCUCCCCCGCAGAACCCCCGCGACACAAGAAGGAACCGCUGGAGAUGCAGCAGAGUCUGAACAGGGCGGUGGUGCCAGGUGGAGCCUUCUUCCCCUCAUGUCUUCCCGGAACACUUCUGAACACAGCCACCUACGCCCAGGCCCUGUCACAGCUAAAAGGCGGUCCCCUCUGCUCUUGCUGUGUUCCGGACCCCAUGGGCCUGUCCUUCCUGCCUCCGUACGGUUGCCAGAGUAACCGGACAGCUAGUGUCGCCGCGCUGCGCAUGAAGGCGCGCGAACAUUCCGAGGCCGUUCUGCAGUCAGCCAACCUGAUGGGCCACGCCCCUGGCAUCGCCUCGGCACCGCAGCAAGCCCCGCCCAGCGACCCCUCGACCCCUAAAGCUGUUGCCCCCAUGGUUUCUACGGCAACCCUCGGCCAAGACAAGCGCCCCCUAGAGGACAAAGAGGACAAGAAGCACGAAGGCACUUUCAGCACCAGCACCGGGGCCAUCUGA